AUGACGUCAGCUGUAGACGUCCCGCCGCCGCCGGCCACCCGCGACCCCGACGCAGACCCGGCCUGGACGCUCAGGUUCAGCCCUACCCCGCCUAAGUCUGCGGACGCCCCCCGAGCUCCCGGCUCCCCGACGGCGCUUUCCACGGUCGCCCCCGCAUCGGGCCGCCCGGAGGACCACGCGCCUUUCCGCGCCCCGGCAUCCCCGCCUCCACCGGCCCUAGACCCCGCCCGGGAGGGCCCCGACUCCCCUCCCAGCCGCCCCGAGGACCGCGCGCCCCCGCAGUCCGCGCCCCCGUCGCUGAACGCCGCCCUUCUGCAGACCCUGGGGCACCUGGGCGACAUCGUGGCCAUCCUGGGCCCGCUGCGUGACCAGCUGCUGACCCUGAACCAGCACGUAGAGCAGCUGCGCGGCUCCUUUGACCAGACCGUGUCCCUGGCCGUGGGCUUCAUCUUAGGCAGCGCCGCCGCCGAGCGAGGCGUCCUGGCUGACCCGCUGCGAGAGUGAGGCCCGGCCUGCAUAGGUCCCUUCUGUAAGACCGUGUCCCUUCUGUAGGACCGUGUUCCCUCUGCCCUGACCUCAUCCUGUGACCCUCCCU